AUGAAGCUGGAUACUAAGGCUAUUCGGUACCUUACUGCAGAGGACUGGAGAGUUCUCACAGCGGUGGAAAUGGGGAGCAAAAAUCACGAAGUCGUCCCAACUUCACUAAUAGCACAGAUUUCUGGCUUACGAGGCGGAAGUGGGGUUCACCGAUCCAUCUCAAAUCUAGCAAAAGUGGACCUGAUUGCGAAAGUGAAGAAUGCGAAAUACGAUGGAUAUCGUCUCACAUAUGGUGGGCUGGAUUAUCUCGCUCUCAAUACCUACCGCAAGCGAAAAGCUGUGUACUCAGUGGGCAACCAGAUAGGAGUUGGGAAAGAGUCGGACAUUUACGUCGUAUCGGACGAAAAAGGCGUCCAGCGCGUCUUGAAGAUCCACAGGCUCGGGCGAAUCUCAUUUCGCACGGUGAAGGCUAAUCGCGACUACCUGCGCAACCGUUCUUCGGGUUCAUGGAUGUACAUGUCCCGUCUAGCGGCAGUCAAGGAAUUUACCUUUAUGCAGGCAUUGCGGGAUAAUGAUUUCCCUGUUCCUGAACCCCUUUCGCAAAAUCGCCAUACGAUUGUAAUGUCCCUGAUCGAUGCAUUUCCCUUGCGGCAAAUUUCGUCAGUUGCCGACCCAGCCACUCUAUACGCACAAUUGAUGGCCAUGAUCCUCCGACUAGCAAGCUUUGGUCUGAUUCACGGCGACUUCAAUGAAUUCAAUAUAUUAAUUGAAGAGAAGCCCAAAGAUCAAAAUGCUGAUGAAACUAAAGGUCACGGUAGCGACGCUGUAACCGUGAACCCAAUCCUUAUCGACUUUCCUCAAAUGGUCUCAAUUGAUCAUCCUAACGCUGAAAUGUAUUUUGAUCGCGACGUCAACUGCAUAAAGCGCUUUUUCGAACGUCGAUUUCAUUUUAUAAGUGAUGAAUCCGGUCCUACUUUCUCUGAUGCAAGGGCAGAGCUCAGUAAGGGAGGCUUGAAACGGCUCGACGUUGAGGUGGAAGCCUCCGGCUUUUCCAAAAAGAUGGCUAAGGAACUGGAGAAAUACAUGGGUUUUGUUGGUGCAACGGGUGAUGGGCAGACAGACGAAUCCCAGAAGCAAGACGACGAGGAGGCGGACGAGGACACAGAGGAAGAAGAUCCGUCAGAUAAAGAAAUCAAAGAUGGCGUCGAAGACGUUUCCAAGCAGCUCAAUGACCAGCAUGGCAGGGCCCAACAAUCAUCCGAUACUGGAUAG